CAAUGUCGCAGAGGGCGUCAACUUAGCUAGUUACUUCCGGGGAAAAAUGUCAACAAGACAAAGAUGUGACAUGUAAAUGGAAAAUAUAUUUUAAAUAGUAGAACAUAUCGCAAUAAGAAUUCGAAGAAAAUGUUAUCAAACUUAAUUAAAGUACACCAAGCCAAACAGUCGGCGAGAAAAGAGAGACAAGAGAAAAAGAAAAGAGAAGCAAUAAUUGCAGCAUCUGCACUAACUCAUUCCCUGGUGGAUCACCUGAAUAUAGGAGUGGCAAAUGCAUAUGUGAACCAGAAAAAGCUGGAUACUGAAACAAAGAUUCUGCAAGCCAAUGCUGCUCAGUUUUCAAAGCAAACAACACAGUGGCUCAAACUGGUGGAGGAUUUUAAUACAGCUUUAAAGGAAAUAGGGGAUGUUGAAAACUGGGCAAAAAGUAUUGAAACAGAUAUGAGGACUAUAUCAAGUGCCCUGGAAUACACAUAUAAAAGAAAUGAAAGUUAGCCAUAAGACUAGAGAUCUGUGAUACAUAUUUUAGUUGUAAUGGUUGAAAAUCACAUAGUUCAGAGAACAGAUACUUUGACUGUUAACCCAACUUUGGAUAUAUUAAAGCUAUGGAAAGACAGUUGCAAAGAUACUUUGAAGGUUGAAAAAAAACUCUUAAAAUCAGACAAAGAAGGAUUUGUAUGUACAUUUCCUAAUUACUCACAAACUUUGUAUUGUACAAAAUAUAUAAAUGUAUAUAUAUGCUUAAAUGAUUAUACAAAAUGUACUUUCUGGUCUUCAUUGAUAGAAUGCUUUUUGUAUAAAUUCAUCUGGGAGAACGACUUAUAAUUUAUAUAAGAAGCCAUUGUAUGUGUGGAAGCAAUAUCCAUAUUGCACUUUGUUCCUUUUGUUUUUGAUUUCGUAUUUUAAGAUGAAAAAACAUAUUAUAUUUUAAUGCAUACACAAUCUGUUUUUGCUCACAAUGGAUGCAAACACAAAUUUAAAACAAGAACCCGUAUAAUUUUUUUUUCUUAUUACAAUAAUCAUUAACUUGGUAUCAGAGCAUUUUUUUCAUCAGUUAAGAGGGUUAAUGUACAUUACAUCUCGACAUAAAGGAGGAUUCUUGAAGUUAAAAGUAAAAAUGUAAGAGAAACGAAAGAAAUGACUGUGAAUGUUAGAGUAAAAUUUUGGCCCUUACUUCAUUUAAUAAAGAAAAAGGAGUGAAUUUGGUUAGAAUUUUAUAUAAAAUGCUGUUUAAGCAUGCAUAUUGUAUUUGUUUGAUGAUGGCUUAAGUAUAUUAAUUUAUUAUAUACCUAUAAAUUUUCUCCCUAAAAUUCAAGCAAAUCUUGAAGCGCUUAUGCCCUUCAAUUGAUAGAAAUAUCUGUAUUAUGUUAGUGACAAAAAUGUUUUAAAUAUAGAAAUGCUGGAUUAUUUUUCUCUAUUGGUUCCCAUUUUAGCUGUGCAUUAUGUAGGAUUUUGGAAUCGAGAAGAGAUACCUUGUAGGGUGUGGCCUCUUCAACAAAAAUGAUGCAUUCAUCCGUCAUUCAUGAAUAUUAUUUCUUGCCAGCUAUAUUUUGUGAAAAUAACUGAUAGACGUUCAGUAGAUUGUAUCUCUUUAUGUCUAAGAAUUUUAUAGGUAUAAAAUAAAAGGAUAUUAUUGUCAUCUUAAUGUAGUAAUGGGUUGACUCCUUAUAUAAUUUAAUACGAGUUAACCAGUUACUGCACUAAGGUGACAUAAUGUUGUAGUAGCUUUCUGAGGUGAUGUAUUUUGCUACGUACUUGCAUCCUGAGAAAAUUGAUAAUUGUGAGACCAAAGGUCAAUUAUGUCAAUUUUCCAAUGUUGCAUGUAGAUAUUACAUUUUCUUCAACAGUACAAAGUAUGUAUUUAAUUAUAUAGAAAAUGAAUGCUUGUUUUUUAAUAUUAAUGUUUGUGUGUUAUAUUUUUUGCUAAAAAGACUAAGAUUGGACACUUUUUGUUGAAUGAUACACGUGUAUAUGAAAUUGAUUUUGUUUGUAUGAUAAAAUGCUAUUAUGUUAUGUAUUAUUUAUUUUUGAAAUGUAAAUGCAAAUAAAUAUAUGAAAACUGUAAA